AUGUUGGGAGUGUUGAUUGCCCUACUGGUGUGUCUCCUGGUUCUACGCUUUCUGGGACAACUCUGGUCACACCGGUCCUACCCUCCUGGGCCCCUUCGGCUACCCAUCAUAGGAAACUUUUGGCAAUAUGCAAUCAAGCUUUAUAAAGAUUCUUUCAUCAAGCUGGCCAAAAAAUAUGGAAACAUUUACAUGUUGUGGCUGGGAUCCAUACCUAUAGUUGUCCUGUCUGGAUAUGAAGCGGUGAAAGAAGGGCUGAUAAGCCAUUCAGAAGAGUUUGCUGAUCGGCCGGUGACCCCAAUGCUGAAAACUGUAGUAAAGAACCGGGGUAUUAUGUUGUCAAAUGGCCACACCUGGAAGCAACAGAGGAAAUUCGGGAUAGCCACGAUGCGGAAGCUGGGACUGGGGAAGAAAGGCAUGGAGCACCAAAUAGAAGAGGAGGCCCAUCAGCUUGUUGAGACUUUUGCACGUGCAAAAGGGCAGGCAUUUGACCCUACAAUGCCCAUUACUAAUUCUGUCUCCAAUAUGAUCUGUGCUGUGGCUUUUGGACAUCGGUUUCCUGUUGAAGACAAAGAAUUCAUCAAGUUGAUGGAAGCCAUUAACAAUCUGCUUACAUUUAUCAGCAGCUUAAGUCAUGUUCUCUAUGAACUUUUCCCAUGGAUCAUGGAUUGCCUCCCGGGGCCUCACAAGAAGGCCCUUUCAAGCACAGAGGCUGUGCUUUCGUUUGCAAGGAAUAUGAUAGAAAAGCAUAAGGAGCAUCCCGCUGUCCAUGAGCCACAAGAUUUCAUUGAUUUCUACCUGUUUCAGAUGGAGAAAAGCAAGAAUGACCCCAAAUCUACUUACAAUGAAGACAAUUUGACUGAGUGUAUUUUUGACCUCCUCAUCGCAGGAACAGAUACAGUAUCCUUGACAUUGCGAUGGGCAUUGCUCCUCAUGGCAAAUCACCCAGACAUUCAAGAGAAAGUCCACAAGGAGGUGGAAGAUGUUUUAGGUUCCUCUCAAUUAUUGCGCUUCCAAGAUCGGAAGAAAUUGCCAUACACGAAUGCCGUGAUUCAUGAGAUCCAGCGUUUCCAGUAUACCUUAUUUUUUGGGGGGCCCAGACAAUGUGCAAAAGAUGUGAACAUGUGUGGCUUUCUUAUUCCAAAGGGGGCUAUCAUUUUUGCAGAUCUACAUUCUGUUCUUCUUGAUCCUAAAGAAUGGGAGACACCGGAGGAAUUCAACCCAAAACAUUUUUUGGACAAGGACAGAAAUUUUGUGGAAAGAGAAGCAUUUCUUCCAUUUGGUGCAGGGGCCCGUGCCUGCCUGGGAGAGCAGCUGGCGAGGACUGAGCUCUUCAUCUUCUUCACCAACCUGCUGAGGGCAUUCACCUUCCAGCUGCCAGAAGGAGUGAAGGAACUCAACGCAGAUCCUAUACUUGGGUUAUCAUCUACUCACCACCCAUAUAAGCUCUGCGCUGUUCCCCGCAGCAGUCCGUCAUAAACUGUACCAACUGGAGUGCCUCGUAUGUUACCGCCAAUUUCUCCUCCAUUCCUUUUGCUUCAUCCUAAACCUGCUCUCACUCGCUCCGGACAUUUUGUCCUUGAUUUCUCUGUCAGAGCUUGACAGAUGCCUCCUCAAGAUGGAAUGCAGGCAGAUCUGUGACGUUCCUGAUUGCUAAACUAUUACUAUUGCCUGAUAAAUAAUCUUAUAAGUAGUUUCGAUGUCUUUGCGUCACUCCUCAAUAUAGAAUUCUAAAAGGUAAAGUGUGCCAUUGAGACACAACCAACUCAUGGUGACUGUAAUGUACUCCGCCAUGACC